GAGAGGGGAGGAGGGCGCCGGAGGGACCCGGGCGCUCGCAGGCAGGCCGGGCCCGCUCGCUGCGCCCUGCCCGGGCGGCUCCUCGCCCAGCCGGUCCUCGCCGCGCCUCCAGCUCGCCGGCCCGGCCGCCCGCGCCCUGCCCGCUCGCGCCCUGCCCGCCCCGCUGCUCGGCGCCGGGAGACAUGAGCGCGGCUACGGCGCCCGAGCGCGGCUGGAAGAGCGAGAAAGUGGACGAGGCGCAGGCCCUGGCGCGGAGCUGCGCCGCGCGCCGGCCCGACUUCCAGCCGUGCGACGGGCUGUCCAUCUGUGCCACGCACAGCCACGGCAAGUGCUUCAAGCUGCACUGGUGCUGUCACCUGGGAUGGUGUCACUGCAAAUAUGUGUACCAGCCCAUGACCCCCGUGGAGCAGCUCCCGAGCACAGAGAUCCCUGCAAGGCCGCGAGAGCCCACCAACACCAUUCAGAUCUCCGUCUCCCUCACCGAACACUUUCUGAAACUUGCGUCUGUCUUCCAGCCUCCGCUUCCUCCCGACUCGCCGAGGUACUGUAUGAUCUCAGAUCUCUUCAUCGACAACUACCAGGUUAAAUGUAUCAACGGGAAGAUGUGCUAUGUGCAGAAGCAGCCAGCGCCCCAUUCCCAGAAGAUGAGCCCCGAGGAGGUCUCUGCACACGAUGCCUUAAUUUCUAAAGAGAGCGACACUCCGAAACUGGGUCACUGCUCCUCCCCUUCCAGUUCUGAGGACUCGGGGAUCAAUGCAAUCGGGGCUCACUACGUGGAGUCCUGCGACGAGGACACAGAGGAAGGGGCGGAACUGAGUUCUGAGGAAGAUUACAGCCCCGAGAGCAGCUGGGAGCCCGACGAGUGCACCCUCCUCUCCCCAUCGCAGUCUGACCUGGAAGUGAUCGAGACGAUGGAAACCACGGUGUAGUCUGGGCCAGGGCGGGGAUCCACCCUGAGCUUCUGCACUUUGAUUUGAUGCUUCCUUCUCCAGUCCUCUUGGCAUUUCCCAAGCCCUGUUACCAACCGCAGCAGUCCAGCGUCUGCUGCUGAGUGUUGCCCUUAUAUUACCUUGUAAUGACAUUGUUUUCUUUCGUAUCCUGCUUUCUAUGUAGCAUCUGGUGUCAUGAGUUGCAGCCCGGCCUUAAUGUCACUGAGGACUUUGAGGGUGGCAUGACCACAGCGGGUCACACGGAGGAGCCACCCAUAUUUUACCAGUGGCCCGCCCUUUGUGCUGAAGGCUCUUGCUCAGAUUCCCUUGGGCGCGUUAUGUGACACCUCUGUCCUGUUGGGUUUGGGGUGGGAGCAGCCCUCUUCAGGAAACAGCACUUCGGGUCAUGAGGAGGGCUGGUCCUCUCUAGUUCGUGUCCAGGCCAGCCUUAGCUGUAUGUACACACAUGCUACAGGGGGAUGGGAAUUCGGGAGGUCCCAGUCCUGGUUCUCACCACGAAGGAGCCACAGCAUAGCCCAGGACACAAGUCACACAGCUCAUGGCAGCAGGAGGCUCUUGGAACCAGGGAGAGGAGAAGCGGACUUGGCUUGGGCCAGCUGAGAAAGUUGCCUCGCUGUCUGAGCUGGCCCAGGUGAGAUCCGAGGCGUCACUGCCCUUCUCAGUUGUUUUCAGGUCAGGGAGAAGCAUUUAAGUUUUGUAGGUAUUAUAUGGGGGGGGGGGCGGCACAUCUGACACCUUAAGAAAAAAAAAAUACACAAUAGUUUUAGUUAGCAUGGAGAUGCUAAGAGACAGUCCUUUAGGGAUUAGGGAUGAAUCUAAUAGGUUUGAUUAAUUCUGCUUCGUUUGUUUGUAUGAAGCAUUAGAAUGGCUUAGAUGAGAAAUGGACUAGAAUUUUGUAUGAUGCAUGGAGUUUAUGCAAAUGCAAAGAAACAGUUGAGAUAGCUCACUGCUGAGUCAGGAGGACAUUUUACCUAACACUUCACUUUACCACACUGGAAUCCACACACAUUGUGUGUAUUCUUCCACCCGAACAAAAUAGUGAGUAGUUCUUUCUUAGGUAGCUUUCUUCAAAACUCUUUUCCUAGUUUGCCGUGUAUUCUCACGUGAUCUUAUUAUCUGCCAUUUCCCCAGGUCUGUCUGUGAGGACAGUACAGAUCUGGGAAAACACGAGCCACAGAGCUGCAGGGAGGACCUUCUCAGAUCCUGACGGUCUGAGCAUGUGCCGUGGCCUUGCCGUGUUGACAGCAUCUCCUCAGAUCCCUCUGUGGCAUUAGUGUGUGCUCAAGGUGGGGAGGCCAUGCUCUGCAGGCCUCCCCAACUUCCUGUGCUAGAUGAGAAUGUAGCAAAAAUCUCCACCUAUUCAAAUGGGAACACUCAAACCAAGAAGGACCAGCAGGUACAGGGGAAGGCAGGUGGGAGCAGCCGCGCCUUGGCUGGAGAGUCAUUCUGCUGGCCUGGGAUGGCCUGGGGACACCUAGUGAGCCCUGCCUGAGGUCUGUGACACCUCGCUGGUGUGGAAACCAAAUACCAUGAGCCACGGAUCUCUUAACGGGCUCUCGGGACCAUGACGGCAGCAGUGGCACCGUAGAUGCCCAGGAGAGGCAGGCACACAGCAGGGCUUCUGACUGCUCUUUUCCUAUCUACGGUCCCACUGCCACGAAUACUAAACUAACUGGGGUCUACAACUCCAAAGCCACGGGAACACAUGGCCAUAGCCACAGUUCUGAAGCUUGGCCCUUUCCCAGGCAGGACUUCUGUCCAGGUUCCUGUUUUUUAAAGCCCGUAGCUGCCACUCAGAUCUGCCACACUUCUGAUAAAUUUUUUUGGAUUUAAUAACAAUUGAUGAUCACAUGAAAUAUUUGCACAAUCUCUUUAUAAUCAAACUCACUAAGCUUCACUUGCCGUUUUAUAAAGUUGGAGACGUUUCCUUGCAUUCUUGGAUCUCAAAACAGCCUUUUCUAACUAAGCACAACCAAGAGGUUUUUGGUUUUACUCUCCUACCACUGUUCACACCAGUAACUGUCUGAAAUAGGAGUAAGCCGGCAUUAUUUCUCUAUGCUUGCCUUCUGAAGUCAGCUGAAAAGAAUAGAAAUGUGUAGUUUAACUUCAGUUCUAGGCCGGCUCUGUUCCAUGUCCCACGAAUAACUUCCUCUCUAACCCUGAUAUUACAGUGCUGAUCUGUAUGCGUGUAUCCAUAGGCACUUUAGAAACAGUUAGCUGCAGCGUGCACCGGAUGGUAAGCACAGCCGUGUUCAGCAGGCUUUUGACUCACACUUGGACAGUGAGGUGAGAGCUUGCAAACUGGACCUUACAGAAUGCUUGCCUAGGGCAAGGCUUGCGCCACGUGGCACACUGGCGCUGUUGCCACUUUGGAAAGGUUGUCAGGUACCGGUGGGAUCCCACUGACUGUGGAGUAGUUUUCUUACCUAACCAAGAUUUUAAGCUUCAAGUGCGUCCAUAAUUUUUUUCUGAGAAAUGAACUUCAACUAAAGUCCUUUUUGGGAUAACUAUUUGAUAUCUAAAAAUAAUAAUAGUAAGAAUUAAGGCUUUACUUUAAAACCUAGGUGUUCUUUCGCCUUAUAUCAUUUAAGGAAUAAAAUGAGAAUGUGAGGAUGACCCUGAAGAAAAGCAGUUGCUUUCCAAGAAGAAAAGAUCUACUCCUCAAGGCAACAAAAAUACAGAACAGACUCUAACCUGAGCCACAGUGUCCAAACACAACACACUAUAACACAGUGCAGAGCCAGUGUCCCAACACGCCUCAGCACAAUGUAGAGCCUAAGCCACCAGCCCAGAACAACCACAUGGUUGUUUUCUGACAAAUCUUUGGGAUAUGAUCUAGGGUCUGAUAGUCUCUUGGGCAUACUCUUUCAUUUCUCAACCUCACCUUCUUGCCUGUUUGAAACACCAUGUUUUUCUAGGGUUGAUCAGAACAAAUUCUUCUUAUGCAAAUUUGAUUGCAACCAGACACUUUAGAAAGUCAAAAUACCCAUAUAUGUGUGGCAGUGUAGAUAACUGCCACGCAAACAAAACAAAAAAAGCACAAAUUUAAGUAAAGCACUAUUUGUCAUCUGCUCUUGAUUGCCCCCGAAUCCUACUUGCAAGACUCUAUUGUCAAGUUUCGGCUUCUUACUUGAGGGAAAUCUUCUAACUGUUCUCUUCCCCUUUGUCCAGCGGUGCUGUGAACUAGAGCAGACGGAGGCUGGGUCCCCUGGGGAUUUGUGGGAGCGUGUUACUGCACUCCCCACGGAGCAGCUGGGAGGUGAGGGGGCGGCACUCACCUUUCCCGUACCCCACAGCCCCAAACGCCAUCUUAAACCUCAGAAUACACACAAGGGCAUUUCUCACAAUGAAUCUGUUUCCUAAUCUCACCUUGUCUAUGGUGCCUGAGCGCGGGUGUACUGGAAGGGCCGGUGCCGUCAGGGCCGGUGCCGUCCACGGAGGGAUGUCUGCUGCUGAGGUGAAGCAGCUGGAAGCCUGCCUGGGGUCUGAAGAGCUUCCACGUCACUGUCUGCACAUGUGUGAAGGCUGUCCUUGCCUUGCAGUAGUCACGUGCUGUGCUGGGUUCCUCUGAACCUGUUUUGGAGUUUAAGCACAAUGUUGACCCCUCUGUAAUUUCCUAAACUUAGAUUCUGUUUUCCCAAGACAGCUCAACUUUAGGAAAAUACUGCUGUACAAUAAAUGUGGGUUCUUUUGUACUAGAACAAAA